UUAAAAUUUUAAACAUGAGGUAUUAUUAGUAAUUACUAAAAUUUUACUCCUAAUAAAAAGGAAUUGCACUCAAAUUAUCAGCCCCGGAUUUGUAGGUUACAGCUGUAACUUUGGAUUAGUUUAACAAUUCCAAAAGUUUUUUAACCGCUGCUUAUUACUCCCUAACUAAGGGACAAACCUGAGGCCCAGAUUAGAGACAGCAUUCUCUAUCCCAAAUUCAUCAUCACUCAUCAUCAGUAAGAGAUGCCAACUUCCUCCAUCUUCUUAAAACCCAACUCCAAUUUCCUUCCAGAAUUCCACCUUUUCCCGCCAAGAACCCUCCUUUUUGCAAAACCCAGAAGCAGAAUGACUUCCUUCACUUCUCCUUCUGGUGGGUUGAAGUUGAACCUGAGGGCCAGUGCAAAAACCGGUGGUGCUGGCGGUAGUACUGAUGCUUCUCUCACUUUUGAUGAUGAUCAUAAUUCGGGGUUUUGUACAUUAAUGGAGUUUGUGGGUAAGGGCGGACUUGAUGUGGGGGAUGAGCUGGGGAUUUUGUUGGGUCAUUUGGAGUAUGCUUUCAAGAAAAUCGCUGCUCUUGUAGCUUCCCCUUUUAACUCUACCCUUGGAAAAGAUGUCCUGGUUUCCGGGGCAUCUGCUGAUAGAGAUAAACCUAAGCCUCUUGAUGUUGUAUCUAAUGAGAUUAUCUUGUCUUCUUUGCGCAAUUCUGGUAAAGUUGCGGUUAUGGCCUCUGAAGAAGAUGAUUUGCCAGUUUGGAUAACUGAUAAUGGCCCCUAUGUGGUGGUCACUGAUCCUCUAGAUGGUUCCAGGAACAUUGAUGCCUCCAUUCCUACUGGAACAAUCUUUGGGAUCUACAAACGACUCGUGGAGACCGAUCAUCUACCAGUGGAGGAAAAAGCUAUGCUUAAUUCCCUGCAGAGUGGAGCAAAGCUUGUUGCUGCUGGUUAUGUUCUCUACUCAUCAGCCACUAUUCUCUGUAUCAGCUUUGGCUCAGGAACACAUGCGUUCACCUUGGACCAUUCAACUGGAGACUUCAUUCUUACACAUCCCAAUAUCAAAAUUCCACCUAGAGGGCAAAUAUAUUCUGUGAAUGAUGCAAGAUAUUUCGAUUGGCCUGAAGGUUUAAGGCGUUACAUUGACACUGUGAGACAAGGCAAGGGUAAAUAUCCAAAAAAGUAUUCAGCCCGUUAUAUAUGUUCUCUUGUUGCUGAUUUUCAUCGCACUCUCUUGUAUGGGGGCGUGGCUAUGAAUCCGAGAGAUCAUCUGCGUCUUGUUUAUGAAGCAAAUCCAUUAAGUUUUAUAGUGGAGCAGGCUGGGGGCAGAGGUUCUGAUGGUAAGAGCAGGAUUCUAUCUCUUCAGCCAGUCAAGUUGCAUCAAAGACUUUCUUUGUUUUUGGGGAGUCCAGAGGAUAUUGAUGAAUUAGAGAGUUACGGGGAUGUUCAACAGAAAGUUAAUCCUGGCUAUGAAGUCUAGCAAUUUCAUUUGUGCUUUUGUAAAUUUUUCUUUUUGAUUGUUGAGACAUCCAAUUCUCUGAAUUAACACAAGAUCAGUAUGUAGGUCCUGUUGAUCUUUGAAAUGUUUACUGGGGUGCUCACCAUGGCAUGAGUUUCCACAAGUUGCAAAAAUCAGAGUGGUGCUUACAUGCAUCUUAUGCCAUUUAAUGGUUUCACUAAGUUGUUCACUUGUUGUCUGUGUAUUUGUAAUCUACUUAAAUAAAGAAAUAAAAUAUUGAAAAUUUUCUUUGUAUCUAAAGC